CGACAAACAAAACAGAACCCGGAAGUGUGGCACCGAACGUUUUCGCCGUGUUUGGUGGUCACGACCCAAAAAAGUCUGACGUUACCACAUGAACGCCUUGUGUUGACGUCGUGGAAUAGUUACGUUAGGUGAUAUAUAUUUACAAUAUAUAUUAAGGAAAAAAGGGUUAGGUGAUAACCACGCGAGAAUGGCAACGUCAGCGGUGCUGCCGCUUCUCGCCGAAGACCCAGCAGCCCCUUGUCUUGCUGGCAGGCCGCCGCAGCCGCCUGCACAUACAGCGCCGCCUCGCACGCAUCAGACCGUUCUGGCCGCCGGCGUCAUGGUGGAGUCCGUGGAUGACGCAGAGGGUCUUUUCGUGGCGGUAGAGCGGUGCCCGCUGUGCAGCACGUCCCGCCGAAGGCUGACGUGUGCCCGUUGCGUGGAGGCCGGAGACUUCGUGUACUUGGACGGCAGAAACGCGGAGAGGUACGCAGACAAGAUGGCAAGGCUAAAGACGCUGAAAGACGAGAAGGAGCAGCUGCAGCAUCGGGUAAUCCACAGCAUGCGCAAGAAGUUGCGGACCGACGAGACGAAGUGGAAGAUGAUGUGGUGCCGCGUGAAGAUGGAACAGAUCAGCCAGGCGCUGACCUGCGCACGCCAAGAAGUCAAGAUCGACAAAGAGCUGCUACUGCACUCCCAGGAGGAAUGUCAGCGCCUUCAGCGCCGCGCGAACCGCCACCAGCAGAAGCAGGAGAAAAUCGAGCGGCACAACCGGCGCCUGGCCGAACUGCUGGAGCGACGCAAGCGAGAGCUGGGCGAGCAACUCACUCAGCUGGCGGCCACGCGGCGCGAGCACAUCGCCGAAUUGAUGGCGCACAUCUUCCCCACACGGGAAGAAAAGGCCUGCAGCAGAGACCCCGCCGAUGUGGCAUCCGAGUGCGAGGCAGCAUUGACGUCCAGCACGGUGAGCGAGCUGGCGGAGGCGCGCAGGACCACCUACCUGUCAGGCCGCUGGAUCUGGGACGACCAGAACGGCGAGACUAGCGUCAGCAUCGCGGGGCCCGCCGCCACCCUGCCUAGCAACGGAGACUGCUCCGCCUACUACAGCUGGGUGGACGAGAAGAGCGCCAAGGACGGCCCGGUGCCGCCCGGGGUGUCCCUUUCAGAACUGGACCACAUCAACCCGGCCCACACGAUCAGCGCUGCUCUGUGCUACGCCACGCAGCUGCUCACUGUGUUGUCACACAUCUUGGACGUGGGGCUGCCCAAGAAGCUGUGCAACAGCGAGUUCUGCGGCGACAACCUGACUCGCUACCGAUUCACGCGCGCACUCAGCAAGCUCAACACCAACACGCUGCACCUGUGCUUUUCACAGCACGUGAACUAUGACAAGCUCCACCCACACCACACCCUCCGCAACAUCAUGUUUCUGGUCUCGGCCGACAAUGCCAACCUGGGCAGGACGGGUCCAUUUGAGAUGAGCGCCGACCUAGAGGAGUCGAUGGAGUUGGUGCAGCCCGAGGCCUCGGGAGCUGCCGAGGAGAGCGGAGACGAGGCUGUCACCGAUGACGAGACUGACCUCGGCACCGACUGGGAGACCGUGCCCAGUCCGCGAUUCUGCGAUAUACCAUCGCAGCCAAUGGAUCUCUCCCAGAGUGCGCUGCAAGUGUCUCAGCCAUCUGUCAUCACCGGAGGGAUGAUCUCAUCUGCGGCGGCCUCCUUCACAUCCUGGGUCCGAACGUACACGGGCCAGCGCUGACCUGUCCACCUUUGGCCCUCGCAACAUGGAUGGAGGGGGGUGUUGUGCAGCGAGGACAGCGUCCUGGAGGCUGUGUGGUGCCAAUGGAAUGGUUCUUUCUAACCCGGUUCUAGAAGGCAGGCUGAGGAGGGCUGUGACGUCACCAUCACACUCGUCAGCAUUUCUUUGGCGGGGUGGCAUCGGACUCUGCUGCACUUUUUUCUAACCCUGUGGUCUGAAACUUCUGAACGUUGCCCAAUGGCUGAAAAUACUGCGGCCCAUCACCCCAAUUUAUGUGGAUGUGGCGAAUUGUCAUUUCUUUAUGGGUUGUACCGUUUUUUUCCAUGUAUAAUGCGCCCCCAUGUAUAAUACGCACCCUGAAAAUGGCAUAUUGAUGCUGGAAAAAAGCCUGUACCCAUCACUGCGCAUGCGCUAGCAAACUCAAUAGCGAAGAAAUGUUUCGGAUUUGUGUAGGGUACAUUGUGACAGCAAACGAGCAGGUGAUCGAGCAAGCGUCUGAUACGAGAGCAUUGUGUUCGUAUGGAGCAUGUUUGAAGUGAACGGCAGAAAAGAAAGCGCAUCUGUAAUGGCGGCCUCUGUAUGAUAUCCGGAUAAAAAAGUUAUAUAAUAAAUUGUACCCAUUUAUAA